AUGAUUUUCAGAAAAUCUAUAACAGCAGCCGUAUUGGCAAGUUCUUUGUUUUUAUUUGCGCCAGUAAAUGUAAAAGCAGCACCAAAUGUCACAAUCGCCCAACUAGCAAAUGAAACCUCUACUCUAACUCUAUCAACACUAUUCAAACUCGUGACAAGUCCUGGUCAAGAAGCAAUUGCUAAGGCGUUAAGUGACCCUGCAUCCAACUUGACCGUGUUUGCGCCAACUGACGACGCUUUUGCUGGUGUCAAUGCAUCUAAUGCGAAAUUAGUUAAUGCAAUUCUAAACUAUCAUAUCGUACAAGGAAACUACUCUGUCGAAUCUUUAAAGAGUGGCGUUAAUCUCGUGCAAACUUUUCUCAAUGAGACGUUGGCUAAUCUCCCACAAGGACAAUAUCAAGUUGUCCAAGUCAACAAGACUGGAGAUGCUGUUAAAGUUAAUGAUGCCACUGUUGUUAAACCAAGUCUAUUUGCUAUUAAUGGUGUUGUUCAUGUCAUCGAUAAAGUUCUAAUUCCACCGGAAAAAUCAACCAAAGUCGCAAAACGAGCAGGUCUAACUCAAUUUGUUGCUGCUCUUGUAAAGACCAAACUUGAUGUUGUUGUUGAUACAAUUAAAGGUGUCACGAUUUUUGCUCCAGUUGAUGAUGCAUUCCUCAAAUCCAACGCUAGCAUCCUCAACGAAACUACACUUGCUGCAAUACUCAAACUUCAUGUUGUUAGUGACAUCGUCGGUUACUCUGCCGGUCUCAAAGAUGGUCAAAAUUUCUCUACCGUUGCAGAAAACGCAACGGUCACUAUCAAAAUUUCCAAUGGAACAGUUUCCGUCAACGGAGCCAAAGUUCUUAUUCCCGAUGUUCUCGUAGAAAAUGGUGUGAUCCACGUUAUCGACAGUGUAAUUACCACUAGCAGCAAUGCCACAAAUACCACUAAGCCAGUCGGAAGUAGCACCACCAACUCGACGACUUCUGACAAUAAAAGCAAUACUACAGGUACCAAUAACUCCUCGGCAUCAAGUGUUACUUCAGUGUUUUCUGUUGGAUUUAUCGCUACCUUGUUUGCUGUCUCUGUUAGUCUCGUGGCUUUUUGA